GAUCAUCGACAAGCACAUGACACAGACACAGUCAUGAAUGAUUUCAUAGGUUAGAAAUUCCGACAAUUUCCAUUAAUUCAUUUAAUUGUUUACAGUAAAAUAAAUUACUUGUUUCUGUAAGUUCUGAAUUAGUUGUCAAUGGAGAAGACACUGAAAUCUCGGGAAAUGUGUGGUUUGGAUGUUUGAGCAAGUCUUCGAUGUGGUAAAUGGAGCAUUGAAAAAAGGUAACUUGGCAGUAACCUGUUGAUCUUUAUCCUUUAAAAAUUUUGAAAUGGAUAAUAUUCAAGUUGUUACUGAUGAGCAUCAUGAACAAGCUGAAGACAAACGUCCCAGGCUAGAGUCAGAUGACGGAGAAUUUGAUGAAGAACUGGCUCUUCCAGAUCCUAUAUCAAUAAUAGACAUAGGAGAUGGCCCAGUGGCUAUAGCUCUGUCUGAUGAUGAAGUUGAGGCAUUUGGAAAAACUGGUCGUUCAUUCAGUACAAUUCACAAUAAACCAGUUAAAUUUAAUUCAUUUAGUAGAGAAGUUUUUAUACCAGGAGAAGAUAUCUAUGUCAGUAUUACUCAUUGUGAAAGGAAUCUUACGACACAUCUUUUAAAUCCAAAUUUAUAUACUAUUUCUCUUACACACGGACCAUUCACAUGGGACAUAAAAAAACGGUACAAACAACUUCAGAAUCUUCAUCAACAGCUCAUUAUUUUUCGCACAAGUUUGAAUUUUCCUCUUCCCACUAAAACUCAUAAGAACAAAAGGAACUAUGUUAAAGAUGCCCAAAAGAAAAUGGGAGAAAAGAAGAAAAAACGUUCACUGCCUAGGUUCCCCAAAAAACCUGAAGUAUUAGUUUCAUACGACAAAUUGGAAUCAAGGCAAAGACAGUUAGAAGAUUAUUUGAAUAACUUGCUAUCAAUAAGGAUUUAUAGGAAUCAUCCUGCCACUAUCGAAUUCCUUGAAUUAUCUCAAAUUUCAUUUGUAAUAGGACUGGGGAAGAAAGGAAAAGAAGGCAUGUUGAAGAAAAAAAAUGGUAGCACCGUUCCAGGACAAUCUGGAUGUAACUGUUUUGGUCUCAUCAGCUGCUGGUGCUGUAGAAAGUGUCAACUUCUGAAGGAUCAAAUAUUUUGUGCAAGAUGGUCAGAAAGAUGGUUUUUUGUCAAAGAUACAUACUUCGGUUAUAUAAAUCCUAAUGAUGGCAGGAUAAACGCUGUUAUUUUAUUUGAUCAAGGAUUUGAAGUUGGCUCUGGAAUGUAUUCGGUAGGUUUACACACAGGUUUUCAAAUUCUUACAAUGAGCCGUCAAAUUACUUUCAAAAGUUGGACUAAGAGAAAAUGCAAAGAAUGGAUUGAAGCCCUUAAAGAAACUGCAGGUACCACAGCAAGAGAAUUUGUCUUAUCCAACAGGCAUAGAUCAUAUGCUCCAGUUAGGAAUAGUAUCACAGCCAGUUGGUUUGUGGAUGGAAAAUCAUACAUGUCAUCUGUAGCAGAUGCUUUAGAGAAUGCUAAAGAAGAAAUUUUCAUAACCGAUUGGUGGUUGAGUCCAGAAAUUUAUCUCAAAAGGCCAGUUAUUGAUGGCCACUAUUGGAGACUCGACAAUGUUCUUAAGCGUAAAGCAAGUCAAGGUGUUAAAGUUUUCAUACUUCUGUACAAAGAAGUGGAGUUAGCUCUAGGUCUGAAUAGCUAUUACAGCAAGCAAACGUUGAUGCAUGACAAUAUAAAGGUGCUCAGACAUCCAGAUCAUGCUAAAGUAGGUGUUUUUUUAUGGGCUCACCACGAGAAAAUGGUUGUUGUUGAUCAAAAUUAUGCUUUUGUAGGAGGUAUUGAUUUAUGUUAUGGCAGAUGGGAUGAUGAUAAACACAGAUUAACCGAUUUAGGCAGUAUAAAUGCUAAGUUAGAUACUACUCAAAGAAAGAAAAAAACCUCAAGUACACCUGAAGGGGGAAAGAUAUAUCCAAUUCCAAAACCUGUGUAUAUUCAAACACCAAUUCCCCCUGUGAAACCCAAUACUCCAGAAGAAGAUAAGUCGGAUCCCUUGGAAACUCCCACCUUGGAACCCGGUGACUCUUUACUCCGUCCGCCACCAUUAGAUAAAUUGAAAUGCAAUACUCCAGAAUCCAACAGGAAAAACGUUCUAGUAAAUCUGAAAAAAACUAUGAAGAAAGGAAAAAAUCUAAUUAAUUUAUCUUACAAUCCCAAUGAAACGGAUCAGUGUGAAAAAAAUGAUAAUGGUGAGAUGGAGGAAGAAGAAGAAGAUUUAUUAGAUGGAUCCACAAAACUGUGGACUGGCAAGGACUAUGUUAAUUUCAUUGUUCAGGAUUUUAGCAGUCUGGACAAGCCCUUUGAUGAUUUUAUUGACAGAUAUACAACCCCUAGGAUGCCUUGGCAUGACAUAGGUAUGUGUGUGGUGGGCAAGGCUGCUAAGGAUAUAGCAAGGCAUUUUAUACACCGAUGGAAUAAUACUAAAUUGGAAAAGGCGAAAUUUAAUGAGCAGUAUCCAUAUUUGUUGCCAAAAAGCUAUGAUGAAUUCAAGGCUCUACCAAUUAACAUGCCAAAUGGAUGCUAUGAGGUUACUUGCCAAGCACUAAGGAGUGUAAGUACUUGGUCUUGUGGUUUUUUAGAACCAGACACUGUUGAACAAAGCAUUCAUGAGGCAUACAUCCAGUGUAUCACAAUGGCUCAACAUUAUAUCUACAUUGAAAAUCAGUUUUUCAUCUCCUUAUCUUUCCACAACCCUAACACACAAAAUCGGAUAGGUGAUGAAUUGUACAAGAGGAUAGUUCGAGCUCACAAGGCUAGAGAAGUUUUCAGAGUCUAUGUUGUGAUACCACUCCUGCCUGGAUUUGAAGGUGAAGUCGGAGGUACAACUGGAACUUCUCUUCAUGCAAUAACGCAUUGGAAUUAUGCGUCGAUAUCUAGGGGCAAAGAUGCUCUUUUGAAUCGUUUACGAGAAGCUGGUAUAAACGAUCCAUCACAAUACAUAUCUUUUUAUGGUUUGAGAAAUCAUGAAAUAUUGAAUGAUGAACCUAUCACUGAGCUGAUUUAUGUACAUUCGAAGUUGAUGAUUGUAGAUGAUAAGCUUGUGAUUUGCGGGUCAGCUAAUAUCAAUGAUAGGUCUCUGAUUGGAAAGAGAGAUUCUGAAAUAGCUGUUCUGAUAGAGGAUGAAACUUUUGAGGAUGGUGUAAUGAAUGGUCAGCCCUAUAAGUGUGGAAAAUUUGCUGGAAGCCUACGAAAAUACUUGUUCAAAGAACAUUUGGGUAUCUUGGGAAAAGAGUCAGAAAAUAUCAAUAUUGAUGUCUCGGACCCCAUUAUUGACUCAUUCUAUAAGGAAAUUUGGUACAAUACAGCAACGCUGAAUACUGAACUUUAUGAGAAAGUGUUCCAUUGCAUACCAACAGACAAGGUGGAAACAUUUUCGCAACUCAGGGAAUAUAAACAAGAGGAACCAUAUUAUACCACUGAAACAGCUAGAGCUCAAAAAAUGUUGGAUACUAUUCAGGGUCAUAUCGUUUUGUUACCACUGAAAUUCUUAUCACAGGAGCUAUUAACCCCUUCUGCUAAUUCAAUGGAAGGUAUAAUGCCUACUGCACUUUGGACAUAAUAGAGAAUAAACAAAAGCAGCUAUUUUGAAUUAAAGAAAAUCCUUCUCAUUAUACUCAAUAAUUAAAAUUUCAUUCAAUUUUAGUACUAAGUGACUAAUGCAGUAUAAACAUUCUUCUUGCAACAAAACAGUAUUAUUACAGACAACUCAAAACUACCCCUACAUAGUUUUAUAACCUUUUUUUCAAAGAUGUCAUAUAAUUUUAAUUAAAUUAUUUUACUGAUCAUUAAUUUAUUAUAGUAAAAAAUAUAUGUGAAAAUGAAGUUUAUAACAAAAUUUUUAAUACUAAUUUAAUGCUGAAAAUUUUAUUUGAGCAAACUUAAUCAAAUUCUGUCAGUUUCUGUACAAAAGCUUUUAGAUUUACUUUUACAAGCACAUUAAUUGUAAAUCAAUUAAUUUUACUGAAAAAAUUUUUAUAUACACAAAUUAAGGCAAAUAUUUUAUACUUCAGAAUAUAUAGAUGCAUAAUAAUUAUUAUAAUGUAGAAAAUUUGAAAUAACCUAAUUUUUAAGUAUCUUGGAUCCAUCCAAAAAAAUUUGAUUUUUUUGUCUUCUGUAAUGCUUUUGAUGGUGUGUGUAUUAGUGUAAGUGCUAAUAAUUUAAUUCAACAAAACCAAGUAUUUGUCAAUCAUGUCCAUUAUUUGUAGUUUGAAUUGUUAUAUAGGUGUAAUUAUAAUGUCUUCCACAAAAAUAAAGGUGAUUUUUGAGUA